AUGAUGUCAGUCGUAAUUUACGACACGGCGUACUCGACUUUCCCGCUGUCCGACCCUGGCUCCAGUGCCAUUUUCUCCACCAUGGCGGCGUGUCAAGUUUCUCGAGUUUCUACAAUCCAGCUAUUACUCGUUGCUGUCGUUAUGUUAGCUGCCUGCAGCUCCGUCACUUCAGCCGCGAAAUGCUACCCCAAGCAGGCAACAACCUCGACUCCUGCGACUACAACGUCGCCUGACGUAAAUUUUGACUUCCCUGACAACGAAACUCCGACGGUCACGGACUCACCGAUCCAGCGAACGACGGAUGCACCCACAGAGGAGACGACGGAGGCUCCGGACACGCCAGAGAUGACCAGCCCUACACAAAAUACUAGGUCCUCGGAUUCAAGCAAUGGUGGCACCACCGGGUCAUUGCCGGCUCAAGGCCCCAUCGAGGGGUCAAAUGAAGACGCAACUGGGUCGCUUCCUACACAGACUUCCAUGGGGGGAUCAAGUGCCGAGACCCCAUCGACAUCUGGUAACUCGACUGGGGAACAUGCCACCUUCGGCGACGUCACCUCUGGAAACGGCAAGUGUGUCGUUGGUGACCCGAACGCAUACAUCAAGAAGGAAGAUGUGGAUUGGAUCUGGACGCAGAGGAUGUCGAAAUACGUUCCCCAAUUCAAGAAUUACAUCCUUGACCAGAUUGUGAACAAUAAAGGAAAGCUCAGCUACUGUGUGCGUUGGGAUAGUACCAACAAGCUCUCAAAAACAGUGGCGUCUAAGUUCGAGGCCAUGCUUAAUCGACAGUUUAAGGCGUGGAACGAGUGGCUCAUUGGGUACGAUUGCUGGCCGUUUGAGACGAUCGAAGUGAAGAUUGUCGGGUGGGCGACGCGCGAUGCCUCGCUUUUCGACUGGAAGGAUGAUUCCCUCGGCACGAUCUACACUACUGAAAAGGAUGCUGAAGGUGUUCCGCUGUGUCCGGAGACCUGCUACAAGCACAAGGAUUUCGCUGCUAACGCCGACACUAGUGCAUGCAAGGGAGAACCAUUCGACAUGUCGCUGUGGCCUACGAAGGGCCAGGGUGGUGGUGCCGGUGGUGAUUGGGGUCAGCGUGUCGACGAGGAAUCAAUGACUGCAUCCAUUGAUCAGGAGCAACUGAUUAUCGUGUCUCACGAAAUAGGUCACGGUUUCGGACUUCCCGAUUUCUACAAGACCACCGACCAACCGAACGAGGACUUUCCGGUCUGCAUCAUGAAGGCAGGCUCCUCACGGACCGUUACGCCCGGUGAUGGUUGGAUGCUACGGCGUGUGCUGGAACACAUCAAACCCCGCUACAAGUUCUAG